AUAAUGCCAAGCAUGAUGCCGGCAUCUACGUUUAACGAUGUUUGUGCAAAAUUUGGCAUUAAUGACGGAAAAUGUAAAAGAACUUCCUGGCUUUGUUUUAAAUUUAAAUUUCUUCCACCAUCUUUCUUUAACCAUCUAUCUGCCUGGUUUAUCAGAAAUUACAAGCCCAGCAAAGUAGACAAUGUUACUGCUUUAUAUCGUGGAAUUUGUAUGUUUGACAUUGAUAGAUCUGCUUGUGAAAAGAUUCUGGUUACCAUGUCGACUGAUAGAAUUGCUCUUCAGGUUGUGUCGUUUUCCGCACAAAAGGGAUUUGGAAGUAUGUGUAGCGGUAUAUACAGUAAAGUAAAACAACUUAUUGAGGAAAUAAAAGAGAAGUAUCAGGUGAAAAUAUCUUCUAAACUCCAUUUUAAAUGCAGUGAUGGCGAUUAUUAUAAAGAUACUUUCAAAUAUAAAACUUUGACAAAAAACCAGGAGUGUUUCUGUCCUCAGCAUCAGACAGCACAUCGAUCUGAACAGAUAUACUCGCCUUGGAUGGAUACUGAGGUUAAAGAGAUUCCCGACAGAGCGAAAAUUAACACUACACAGGAUGACCAAAAUCUAGGUAGUAUGAGUAUUUACAUAUUCUCCGUUUGAACCUUUAUAUUAU